CUGCCCCAUCGCAGAAGCAAGUCGACCGCGCACGACGGAUGCGGGCGCUGGAACGUCUCCACGCCACUGCUCUGGUGAUAUAAGUCCGAUAGUCUGCCUCGCUCUUCCACUCACCACUGCAACCACCACAGAACAUCUGUACUCCACAAACAUGCAAGCUACCCUUCCUUCACCCUCGCGCUCACGCGCAUCGUCGCGGAGCAAGUCGCCACUCUCCCUCGACUUCUCAGAUCUGCCGCCUCUCGUGCAGCCUUCGCCACCUUCAAAUACCUUGAUUAUCACAAACCUCCUUGCGCCCGAGAUCUUCCAACCCGCCACCCUCACAGAAAUCCGCCAGACCAUCGACGCACACGCAAAAGUCCACACAUGGGCGCCGUUGAAGUCCUUCAAGCGCAUCGUCGUCUCCUUUUUCAACACCUCCGAUGCCAUCACUAUCCGCCAAACGCUCGACGGCGAGACUCUUAUGGGAUACCGCAUCCGCGUCUACUUCGGCAUCAAUACACCCAUGAACCCUACCGACCAACAUUUGCCUCUGCCCAAGAGCGAUAAGCUUUUCUUCAUCAGCCCGCCGCCCAGCCCGCCCAUGGGCUGGGAAAUGAGGAAUGAGGACGCGCCAAACACGCUUGUGCACCCCGAGGACCUUGCAGAAGCACUUGCAAAGCUACACGCAAGGCCCAACAACGACCUCGACUCGCCCAUUUCAGAUGCUGGGUACUCGCCCAUCACCAGGCGGCGGACGGGCAGCACACUGGUUGUCUACCACCCAGAGGACCACGGUGACUCGCCAGAGCUGCCCGCCAUCUCGGUCGAGGACACAACAGAAACCCCCGAGUUGCUGACUCCCGAUGCGAUGGAGGGUGUUGAGGGUUCUAUCGCGACAGAAAAGGCCAUGGGGAGGAACACCAGUACUUCGCGGCCGCCGGUGGAGCUCAUGCACUGAGCAGGCGUAGUUUGUUUUCUUGGUUAUUGUUUGGGCGUUCAAAGUAGCAUAGGAUGGGACGAAGCAUUGCAUGUAACGGCGUUGAUGGUUUCAGGCUCUAUACAGCCUCUCCCUUGGCAUGGGCC